AUGUAUCCGGCAAUUACUUGUCAGGUAAUUGGUGACGAGUUUCUGACGGAUCCGUGCAGACUGGACCAUGAAUGCCGACCAGAAAAGUAUGUCAGAGAAACAGGAGACAGAGCCGUCUUUGAGGAGCUGCAACAUGUUAGGGAGGACUCCAAAUACGCUGCAAUAAAGCCAGUGCAGGUAUUUUUCGAUCUCGUGGCCCAACGUCGAGAAGCGGACAACGCGGAAAUGGAGGACUCCAUCAGAGCAAACAUUCGUAGAACGGGCUACCAUUCUCGAAAGCUUAUAACACUUUUUCAGAUGGCGCGCGAGAAUGGGCUUUAUGGCAUUGUGGCCGACGGGUCUCACAGCUUGCAGCCGAAGACCUUGGGGCGCUAUGCGCAGCUGUACUGCGUGCAUGGUGUCUGCAACCAAGACCUUGACGUACCACUGAUGUUCUGCAUAAUGGAAAAGAAAACUCGUCGCGGGUACAAGAGAGUCUUCGAGCACCUGAAGAGGAAUCUGCUAGGUGAAACACCAGGCGCAUAG